UCAGUAUCAUUUCGGUGUUCAUUUAAAUUGGUUGGGUGCAAAUUAGUCUCUGUCAUUAGUGUACAUUCUGCGAGCGACUUUGGGAGAGAAGUUUUGUGUACUUUCAUUGAGAAACAACAAAAUAUUUUUUAUAAUUUAAUGAACCCAUAAGAAUUUGAUAGAAUUCCGUUUGAAGAGAAACAUUUUAAUUGUUAAAACACGUUGAGUUAGUCACUAAGCAAGAAAUUCAUAUUCUCAUUCAUAAACUUCAAUAUUUCUCAACAAAAAUGAAAGUCAUAGGUUUUCUGACGUUGCUCGCAAUUAUUGGCCAUUCGUCGGCACGUAAGAUUAUCAUCAAAUCUAAUCCCGAUCGCAAUGCUGAAUUAUUUCAAGACAAGGACUUCACAUUCUCGCAAGGUAAAGAAGACACAAAAGAACCGACAAUCUUCACUGGCGAUCCGAUGAAAACCAAAACACUCAUUUCGGAAAAUGUACAGGGAAAGAAGAAUUUUAAAUUCGCAUUGGGAACUCAAAACGGCAUUGAGAUUGAACAAGUUGGUAAAUUGAAGGCAGAUAACAAAACGCUUGUAGUUAAAGGAAGCUAUUCAUAUACUGGCGCUGAUGGAAGACGUUACAGAGUUCGUUACACUGCUGAUGAAUUGGGAUUUCAUCCAAUAACAGAACUUGAACUUGACAUCCCUGAUAUCGAUCCAAAUGCAGGUAGCAAGCAACGAUUCCAACAAAACAGAAAGCAGUCCCCCCCGGUGGCGACAACCAAGAAUCCACACAGCCAAUCCAACUUCAUAAAUAAACGUUAUCUCCCACCUACCAACGAAUACUUACCACCAACCAACGAAUACUUACCGCCAAACAAUGACUUCACAAGAGGUUUACAAGCACCUAACAGGAUAUAAGUAGAGUUUUUUUUUCUUAAGCUUUUCAUGACGAAAAGGAAAAUAUUAAAAAUGUAAAAAAAAGAAAGAUAAUUUAUUUGUGUUUAAGGCUUUAUGUAAGAAAGACGCAUUUCAGACGCACAACAUUGAAAACAUGAGACAAUAAAUUAAUGAGAAAUCAUGCAUUGCUUAGUUUAUUUUUAUUCCAUUAAGUGUUUUCCACUUGAGUGCUAAAUUUACAAAGAAUUUUUUUUGUUAACUUCUUGUCGAUCGGCUUCUCAGAUGCAUUUUUAAUAAAGUUGCAACAUCACAAAAAUCAGCA